AUUAAGUUCAUUUGGUUUUUAAAACUUGUCGCGGCGUGACGUCUGACGACCGGACGUGUAGUUUGUUUGUUUACAUCUUUUGUUUCGUAAACAUUUCGUAAAGUAUAAAUAUAUGUUAAAUAUUAAUGCUUGACAAUUUCAUGUGAAUAAAUGUAACAGUAUUCUAUCUACCACGUGUGGGUGAUCAAACUGCAUAGCUAAACGGUGAAUACGAUACCUUCGAUAGUCGAGUUCCAGGAAAUAAAUUGUCGAAAUGUCUCCGCGGUGUGGGGUCUGUUUGGAAGACAACGUCGAAGCAGGCCAUGAGCAAUCGCAGAAGCAUUUGAAGAAUUUACUCUUGGACCAACUUGGGAAAAUCAAUAAGCUCUACGCAGAGAACAGAAACGGCAUUGUGGUGUCCAGUACCGUCACCCCAGUAGCAUACAACGCAGCACCGUUUCACGUCGAUACUGAGCUAUCUGUACUCAAAGUAUCCGUGAAACCGCGCGAAGGGGUCAACUUUACAUUUAAAAUAAAGAACGACAAUGCCGAAGCCGACAUUAUCUUCAGAGGAAUCUCGAUUCCAAAUAACAAGUUCAACUUCACACUUCUCAGCGAAGACUUAAGUUUCGGUUCUGUAAGCUGCCGCAUACAUCCAAGAACAUUGAUGGAGGAACAGGUGUGCUUGACUUUUGAAAACAGUGUGAACGGCGUGUACAAGCAACCUGUGUACUUCAUAUUCAUCCACGCUGACACCGAGGAGUACACUGUGAUCCUAAAGGAGAUGCUAGUAUUUGUGGAAGCCGUGAAGAGGAAGCAUGAGAAGGUGGACAGUCCGUACACGCUGCAGCCGGUACUGGCUGAUAAACUGGAGAGGACCACUGCGCACAAAAAGGGAGAAGAUGACGUUUUCGUAAUACCAUCAAAAGCUUUGAAGAAAAUGUUCGUCCGAGACUUGAAAGUCGGCAACGAAGAUGUCACUGACGAGGAGAAAGCUCUUGUCGAAAAAGUCAAGACUAUUUUCGAAGCUGGCCCGGACGAAUUCAACUACAUACAGUUUUUCCAUAACUUACUGUGGUAUGAGGAAACUGUUAUUGGAGCUAAUUUGAAGAAUUACAACAUGUCUGGCGUGACGCUGAGGCGCAGUCUUUCAGGCAAGUCGUAUUCGUUGCUGGUACCGGGUCUGGCCGAGAAACGGCCGUCGCUAAUGCUAGGAGAUUUGGUCUACGUCAGACCACACAACAAAACCGAAGUGAUGUAUGAAGCUAUCAUCACUGACAUUCAGGACAACUACGCGCAAUUCAGCCAGAUAUCUGCUAAGUUCCACAAGCUCUACAUUCUCUACAAGAACGACGCAAAGUUCGACAUUCGCUUCUGCAUGUCCCGCAUGCCUUUGGAGCGCAUGCAUGUGGCAGUGGACGACAUGCGGCGUGAGCAUAUGCUGACCAAGACCUUCCCUAAGGGCAACGAGCGGGUGCCUCCCAUCAAACGCAUCACCAACUUCUACAACCCGCUGAUUGCGAACAACCCGGAACAACAUGCUGUUGUGGAACACAUCGUAGCUGGGAGCAGUGGCACUGCCCCUUAUUUGCUGCACGGACCACCUGGCACCGGCAAGACGGUCACCAUAGUUGAGGCCAUACUGCAGCUGGCCAAGAGCCGUAACAACCGGAUAUUGGUGUGCACGGACUCCAACAUGGCGGCUGACCACGUGGCCACGUUGCUCAUCAAGUACGCGGACAAGUUUCCGGAGGAGGAGUUCCUUCUUCGUGCCAACUCCGAGUUCAGAGUUUGGGAAACUAUGCCACCGAUCCUGGGCCCCUACUCUAACGGCACGAGCCGUGACACCUGGAACAGGGUAUCCAUCGCCAAGUUCAUGACCUACAGCAUCGUCAUAACCACGCUUGUCCACGCCGCAAAAUUUGCCAAGGAGCUAAAGCGAAAGAAGCAUGAACGCGUGACCACCCACGUGUUCAUCGACGAGGCCGCACAAGCCAGCGAGCCGGCCAGCCUCGUCCCGCAGUGCGGGCUCCUGCAGCCGGGCGGCGCGCUCGUGCUGGCCGGCGACCCGCAGCAGCUGGGGCCCGUCGUCAUCUCCCGGGAGGCCAGCAAGCUGGGGCUUGGUGUUUCCCUGAUGGAACGCCUGAAGCGCCACUGCACCCUCUACAGCGACGAGCGACGAGAUCCGAACUACAUCAUGAUGCUCAAAAAGAACUUCCGAUCUCACCGCGACAUCCUCAGCAUUCCCGAUGAGCUGUUCUAUCACGGACAACUGGAGGCCAUGGCGCCUGUGGACAACAUCAGCAGCGUGGACAUUCUAGGGGAGAGGACAUCUAGCCGCGCCAUCGUGUUCUACGGCGUAGCGGCCCAGGAACAGAGGAUCGGGAAGUCACCCAGCUUCUACAACGACUCUGAGCUGGAAGUGGUACAGCGCCAUAUUACAGCGCUGCUGGAGGUGCACCGCGUGGCUGAGGCGGAUAUAGGCGUGGUCACACCAUACAUAAGACAGGUAUAUAAAAUGAAGCAGUGGCUAAAAGAGCGAGAGCUUAACAUCGAAGUGGGAACAGUGGAGGGCUUCCAAGGGAAAGAAAAGCGCAUCAUCCUCGUGUCCACUGUGCGGGCCAAGUGCGAGCUGCUGGCACACGAUGCCAAGUUCCGACUGGGAUUCCUUGUCGACCCAAAGCGCUUCAACGUCGCCCUAACUCGCGCCAAAGCGAAACUGAUCGUCAUCGGCAACCCCGCCUGCCUCCAGAAAGACGCCAAGUGGCACCGGUACAUAACCAAGUGCCGCGAGCUCGGCACGUACUGCGGCAACGACUUGGGAGAGACGGAAGCAGGUGAAACUGAGGCUAUAGACCAGAUCAAGCAGAUUCUGCGGCUGACGAAGGCGCUGGAGAAUAUGAGGGUGUGAAUGAGGAAAAUAUGCUCUGGCAAACCUACUUUGUCAGCAGAAAAAAGCGCGAAAUUCAAAUUUUGUAUAAAAGACUCGCGAAUUAAUAAACUAGUGGAUGUGAAAUGACUCAUAUUUAGUAUGAAAACCAGUGUCGCUAAACUCACACAUUCAUAGCCACGUUAAAAUACGUCACACACUUACAAAAUUGCUCUGAUUCGUAGCAACUUUCCAUACCAAAAGGUUAUUACCGGUAUUACAUUUCUCGAACGAAUAUCAACUGUAGGCUACAUGAGUGACGGUUUAAAAUAUAAUGUCAAAGCUAUACGACAUACGACUCUUUCAUUAUCUCAUUCAUCUCACGACGUGAAUGUCAUUCGAGCAUGAAGUUUACACAACAACUGAGCAUAGUCUGUGCAUAAAGUGAGUCGGUCGCUACUAACUGUCGGAUAGACGGGAACGCCCACUUGCCAUCUCCAUCCUACUCCGUGAAAAGACUGACCAUUCGCGCCUACUUUUUCAAAUUUGCCGCCUUUUUCUACUGAUGGAAAUGGCUUGCCAAACUAUUAUUGUCUAGUGUCUAAGGCAGUUAUAACGUAAUACCACUCAACUAUAGUGCAACACUACAACCACUGAGGGCCUACCGCGAACCUCGUUCGACGUGUUGCCUCCCUGUCACACUUAAGUACGAAUUUACAAGUGGGACAGUGAGGCAACACGUCGAACGUGGUUCGAUCUGAUCUGAUCCACACGUUCAAUAACUAAUUAAGUAUCAAUACUAUUGUUCUUUUUGGUCUUGCAUAAGUUUUUUCUUCCAUUUAUAAACAUAUUAUGCCAGAACUACAAAAUUCUAAUAAUAAUCACACUAUGGAGUUAUAGACUUAUUUGGGUGGUUUUACGACAGGUAAAUAUAUAACUUAGUUAAAGCCAUUCUUGCAUGUAGUUGUGCACAGUUGACAAAACGCAUUAUCGCAUUAAAUAAAUAACAUUAAUAUAUCUCGGGACAAAAAGAUUAUUGAAUAUUUUUUUCAUGAAAAUUUACAAACAUGAAGCCAUGCGAUCAAGAACGUUUUAAAUUAUCUAAAUGGGAAAAAAUAUAUGCUGGAACAAAUCGUGUUCGGAUUUUUUUAUACAAUAAAAUAAAGUAUCCGAAAUGACAUCUAACAAAUCGCUAAGUUUAAAAUAAGAACUAGGUUAUCGCACUUGACUGAAAGUUAGCUAUAGUACCUAGUUACUGUUGUGUUUAAUUUUGUUAAGUACAUUAUACUACUAACUCUUCUACAUGUACCUAUUCAAUUGAGCACACCAAUUAAAUAGGUACAUUAAUAUAUAAUCUUAAUAUUUAGGUAGUCAUUGUAUUUGUACCUAAAAAAAUAUUGAAAUAUUACUUAGUUGACUAUUUGAUGUUAGCUUUGACACUAUUGCAACAAAUCAGUUUUUUAUAAUUCUUAUUUGAAGAUACUAAAUAGUUACAUUUUUUGUUAACAGAUAUACUGUAAUAUUGUCUUCGGUUACCGCGAUAGUUACUCAUGAAAUAAAACUAUGAAAACGGAUUAUAUCGCGUAUAUUGAAUUUAUAAUACAUCCCGACGUUUCGAACUCUUUACAGCGUUCGUGGUCAACGGGUGACGGGUCAUUUCAUGAGACAUUUUAUUUCAUGAGAUAUACUGUAAUUAUGUGGCUUUUUAUACGGCUUUUUUUAAAAACAAAUACUUAACAAUCCUGUUACUAUGAUAACUUUUAAAUUGUUAGUAGGUAUAUAGAAUUAUAGAACCUUUAAGAAUAAAAAAGAUUGUUGAUUGUUUAUUGUUAGUAAGUAUAUUAAAUACAAGGUUUAAGAAAUAUAAGCUGUAUUUCUAAGGAAGGAAGUAUUAUUUAAGUAUUUCCCCCAUGCGAAUCAGUGUUGCCAAUAAAAUAAAUACGUCUGGGCAUGGGGCUUUACCCUGGCCGCACACGCACGGAAUUAUGAUUCGGUUUCCGUACGGAAUGACAGAUGGGAACGGCACGUCACGUCGCUCGCGUCGCUCUACAAAUGCAUGGCGCUGUCUCGUUUGCACAUGCCAUUCCGUACGUAAAAUUCCGUGCGUGUGUGGCCAGGCUUAAACUUAAAACGUUUGGCUAGACAAGAGUCGGAUCGUGCUUAAUUUGCACCGGCUGUGACUGUGACUUUGCAGUGACAAUGUAAACUGCCUUUUGCCCUUUGUCUCGUCUUGGCGGGGGCACGGCCGUGCCCCCAGAUACCUCGUCCACAUACUCGACGAGUGUCAUGGGAAGUAGGCAGAGAUGUAGUGUGGCCGCGCUACUCGUCAUCGGCCGCCAUACUGCCUAUGUGUACUAAAAAAAUUGUAUUAGAAUAAAGUUUUUUUUUUUUCAAUAA